AUGAUCAAUGUGUCUGAAAUGUUUAGUGAGUUCUUUGCUUCUAAUUAUUCUGUUUCGAAACAAACCGUCCGAACAACCUAUCCUAGUAUUAUUUUACCCUCCUCGUUUUGUAUAGCCUCAUGUGAGAUCCCGGUUCUGAAAUUGUUUGAAGAACUGCAACGAAAUACGGGCACUACUUACGGUCCUGAUCUUAUCCCUGGUAUCAUUUUUAGUUCUUGUUGUUAUCCGCUUACUCGUCCAAUCCAUUUUUUGUUUUCCUUGUCAUUGUCUUCGGGUGUUUUUUCAGUACGAUGGAAAUCAAAUUAUAUUACCCCUAUUUUUAAAUCAGGUGACAAGUCUGAUGUGAGUAAUUAUAGACCUAUUUCUAAAUUAAGUGUGCUGCCGAAAAUAUUUGAGAAACUUCUAGAGCCCGAGUUAUCAUUAAGUUUUAAAAACGUGCUAAAUAACUGCCAGCAUGGCUUUCGUAGUUCUAAAUCAACUAUUACUAAUCUGCUUGUGUUUUAUACUAAUAUUGUUUCCACUGUUACAAAUGGUGGUCGAGUAGAUGCAAUUUAUACUGAUAUGAAAAAAGCGUUUGAUACAGUAAAUCACAAAGUAUUAAUUGAUUUAUCUCCAUUACUUUUCUUAAUUUUCAUGAACGAUCUUUCUGAUGUCUUUCAACAUUCAAGCUAUUUGUGUUUUGCCGAUGGUGUAAAAAUUUAUUCUAACAUUCGUAGAGUUCAUGACAGUCAUAAUCUCCAAGCAGACUUGUGCAGAUUUUAUAAUUGGUGUGUUGUUAAUGGUUUAUGCUUGAAUGUGUCUAAAUGUGCUCAGAUCACUUUUAGUCGUAAGCGUUCAUAUGAACUAUAUGCAUAUAAUAUAAAUAGUAUUAAUCUCAUAAAUAUUCCUCAUAUUAAAGACUUAGGUGUAAUUCUUUCUUCGGAUUUAUCUUUUACUGAACACAUUUCAUUUAUUUAUAAUAAAGCACUACGGAUGUUAGGUUUUCUUAAGCGAAACUGCUGGGAGUUUUCUAAUCCUAUUUGUUUAAGAGUUAUACAUUUUUCUUUAGUGCGUUCCAUAGUCGAAUAUGGGUCAAUCAUUUGGUUACCAUAUCAAGCUAAUCUUACUAAUAAACUGUAA